UUCUGUAGACACAAAAAAUACAAUCCAACAACCAAAAGUCAAUAUUCACUCCAAAAAAAACAUUCAUAUUCUCCAUACCCAAAAAUUCCCAUUUGUUUUUUGAUUUCUAAAAUGGUUAAUCCAUUUAUUUGUGGAUCUUUUCAUCAUCAAGAUGAAGAUGAUAUGGAAAAUUUAAGCCCUUGUUCAACACCAAAAAGAUCAAAAAAGAAUUUGUCAAGAACAAGGUCUAGUAACAAGAAUAACCCUUAUUCAGACCGAGGUCUUGACAAAUUUUCUGCACUUUUAGCUGAUCUUGAAGACAAGAAACAGAGGAUUUAUUCACAAAUUGGCCCUGAUGAUAUCUCUUUCGUUCGUUUCGUCUUUUCGAAUUCCAAUGAUGUCAAGCCCAUUGUUGUUAAGUUGAAGGACAAGAAGCAGACAACAAAUGAUCACGACAGCAAGCAAACCACUGAAAAAAUUCAAUCUCAGGCGACUGACGAAACAAAUGAAGGGAAAGAAUUGCAAGUUGAUUCCAAGAGAAGGCUAAAAAGGAGCAUUUCUUGGAAAUUUAAGUUGGAAAAUUUGAAGAAACCUUUGUUUUAUUUGCCAAUGACUAUAAUAUUGAUAUUGGUUUUUUUGGCUAUAUAUGGAAGGUCAUUUGCAAUAAUGUGUACUUCAAUUGGAUGGUACAUAAUUCCUACAAUUAGAGGAGGAAACUCAAGUUCAAGCACAAAGACAAAAAGGCCAAAAAAGAAGAAGGAAUAUGUAAGAAGAUUUAGUGAGAAAACUGUUGUAAGUGAAAGGUCAACCUCUCCAACAAGUGUUAUGAAUGGACCAAGUGACAAAUUACCACCAACUGGUAAACAUUGCCGUAGGACAAGCUGGUCAUAUUAAGUUUUCUUGAUUUUGUAAAUUCUCUCUUCUUUAUUGUUCUGAAUAUGAUCAGACUUUUUCUUUUCUUUUCUCUUUUUGAGCUUAUGCAUUGUAAAUUCUUCUGUUGAUUUUGUACAUGUUUGAGUUAGACUAGAAAUUAGUCACUCUUUGGCAUGUUCCUUUAGAUUAGGACUAUGUUUUCGUUACCAAGUUAUGCUGGUUCAUCCGACUUGAUAUUAUAUGUACUGUUUUUUAGUUUCUCA